AGCCAUUUUGGCUCAAGCCGGUCUCAAGCCCCCUGGUCGCCAUUUGCCUCCGCUCAUGGCCGGCCAGGGUGCAGCUGCUUGAGAAGAUGGCGCGGGCGGGGUCGCCACUGGAGGGCGAUCCCUUUGUGAAGAGGCGCUCGCGGGCCGAGCGCACGGCUGCGCGGCGGCGCGCGGUGGCUGCGGCAGACUCCGGCCUGGCGGCGGCAAUGGCGCGCGUGCAGGAGCUGGAGAAGGCCUUCGACAUGUUGGUCGGUGAUGCUGGUGUCGCUGAUCGAGUUCGGGCUCUUCUGCCAGCGCUCUCCGCGAUGGUUCGCGGAGUGGAGCCUGCAUGGCUGGACAGGCUCCGCCGAAACGUGGCCCUCCAUGCCGCCGCGCAGGGGGUAGAGUCGUUGGCGACGGCGGACUUGCGUACCCUGCGAACUGCGCAGCGCGGCCCUCGCUUGGGACCCGCGGCGCUGGAGGGGGCCAGCCCACGGCAGCGGCGGCCGCCCUCGGCAGGCGGCGAGGCGGCAGCCCCAACCGAUGGUGGCGGGCUACGGGCGGAGGCUGCAGUAUUCGUCCCUGCGGGAAGCUGUGAGCCGCUGGGCAUGCGCUGUACAUGUGGAGCGGCGGUCUUCUCGGACUUCGGCGGCCCACCCUGCGGCUUUCCGCGAUGCACGGGGACGCCACGAGAGCCCAUGUACAACGUGGAGGGCGAGCGGAUCUUCGAGGUCCCCAUCACGCCCCUCGCGUGCUCGGCGCCGCCCCCCGAGCAGGAAGGCCAGAGCCUGAGGGACGCCGCGGCCGUGGAGGGUUGCGCCCCCCCCCAUGCUGCAAGCGGCGGUGCCAAGACAAGUGGAUAAGACCAAGAUGGCGGUGAAAGGCUGCGGCCUCUCGGAUGGCCGUGACCGCCGCCCUCCUGGCCCUUGGGCGGACAGGUUCGUCUACCCCGAGGUCGUCCUCGCGGGCGUGGAGCUGGAGGCCGCCGACGGCGGGGGCGGCGGGCCUCUGCCUGGCGGUCCCCAGGCCGCUGCGGCCGCCCGCGCCCGCGACUGCGCCCAGCUCUUCGCCUCCUUCGCGAUGGAGCUCGGGCGCUGAGAGCGCACGGACGCCGCCUUCGACGUGGAGGCGGACUUCGUUCGGCCUACGCUAAGGAUGGACUCUGAGGGGUCCCGUCGUGAAUUCAUCGUGCAAGACCUUCUUAGGUCGAGUCUAG